AUGUCCAUUGCCAUCUCUCAGCUCUCGCUUGAACACCACCGCGAUGCGCUGGGGAUAGGAGAGGCAUCCCCUCGCAUCUCAUGGCGCUUCGACGGGAACGUGUCGGACUGGGAGCAGAGCGCGUUUGACGUUGAAGUGGCCCGAAGCGUCCAGGGAAACCGCCAGUCCCGCGUCUACUCUUUCAACUCAUCACAGUCGCUUUUCGUCAACUGGCCCGCCGAGCCCUUGAGUUCCGCCGAACAAGCAUUAAUCAGGACUCGAGCCCACGGUGGAGAGGGCCAGCCGUCGACGCCGUGGUCCGACUGGGUGGCAGUCGAAACAGGUCUGCUGUCUCGUCAAGACUGGCGAGGUGCCUUGCCGAUUGUCGCAGACCGUCCCCUCGACACGGGCCGCGUCAAGCAGCCCGUCUACUUCCGCAAAGACUUUUCCGUCGACGACAAGAUCAAAUCCGCGAGGCUCUACAUCACCGGGUUGGGCAUCUACGAGGCCGAGAUCAACGGGAAGCGGGUGGGGGACCACGUUCUCGCCCCCGGCUGGCAGUCCUAUGGCUUUCGUCACGUCUACGACACCUAUGACGUGACGGACAUGAUACAGGACGGUGACAACGCCAUCGGAGCCGUCGUCGGUGAGGGCUGGUUCUCUGGUCCCCUGGGCGGCAUGGGUGCCGAUUUCAGUUGGGUUAUAACCAACAACAACUGGGGCGACUCGAUUGGAUUGUAUGCGCUGCUUGUCGUCACCAAAGAGGACAACUCCACCCUGGUUGUUCCCACAGACGGGACCUGGACGGCCAACACCGGGCCAAUCUUGAGCUCUGGAAUCUAUGCGGGAGAGGCGUACGACUCGAGGCUGGAAGAGGCCAUCCAAGGCUGGUCGAGCCCUUCUUUCAACCAAAGCACCUGGCUCGCGACCAAGCAGGUCGAUGCAAUCAGCGACCAGUUGGCAUCACCAGACGGCCCACCCAUGCGCAAGCUCGAAGAGCGAAAGCCGCAGUCUGUGUUCAGGUCGCCGUCGGGCAAGACGCUCGUCGACUUUGGCCAGAACCUCGUCGGCUGGUUGCGCGUCGACAACGUCGAGGGGCCAAGCGGGACAAAGAUUACCUUCAAACACGCAGAGGUUCUUGACAAAGAGGAGCUCGGCACGCGGCCGCUCCGUCUCGCAAAUGCCACCGACACCCUGAUACUCCACGGCAAGGGUCCACAGUCGUGGGAGCCCCGGUUCACGUACCACGGGUUCCGGUACGUGCAGGUUGACGGCUGGCCCGAGGGGGCGCCUCCACUUGCGGAAUCACUAACGGCCGUCGUGGUCCAUAGCGACAUGGAGAGGACGGGAUGGUUCGAGUGUUCGCACGCGCUGCUCAGCAAGUUCCACGAGAACGUGCUCUGGUCCAUGAAGGGCAACUUCCUCUCCCUGCCGACGGACUGCCCUCAACGAGACGAGCGGCUCGGCUGGUCGGGUGACGCUCACGCGUUCGGUCCCACGGCCAACUACCUGUACAACACGGCCGGCUUCUUCCGCGGCUGGCACAGGGACAUUGAUUCCGAGAUGCAGGUGGGCGGCUCCAUGGUGGUGCCCGCUUACAUCCCAAAUGUUCCGGCGCGCCAACCGCCGGCCCUUCCUGCACUGGCGGUCUGGGGUGACGUGUCCGUCGGCAACCCCUGGAAUCUGUACCGCUUCUUUGGCGACGGCGGCAUGCUGGCGGAGCAGUUUACCCAAGCGAGCAACUGGGUCGGCAAGGGUAUCUACCGCAACGACGUCGGGCUGUGGGAUCGCAGAUCGUUCCAGUUCGCCGACUGGCUGGAUCCCAAAUCGCCACCCGAAAACCCCGGAGCCGCGACGACGGCCCCACUGCUCGUCGCGGAUGCCUACCUCGUCCGCAUGACGGAGCUGCUGGCCAACAUGUCGACCCUGCUGGGCAAGCCCGCACAGGCCGACGAGUACCGCAGGCAGCACACGACCCUGGUCGGCGAGUUCCAAAAGGCCUGGAUGACGACUGGCGACGGCAGGAGGAUGGCCAACGAGACGCAGACCGCCUACGCGCUCGCCCUCGAGUUUGGGCUGUACGCGGACGAAGCGGAGCGUGCCUCGGCCGGCGCGACGCUCCGGUCCAUCGUCGCCGACAACGACUACCUCGUCGGCACGGGGUUCGCGGGGACGCCGGCGCUGGGCCCAGCACUGCGGGCCAUCGGGGCCACCGAGGACUUUUACCGCAUGCUGCUGCAGACGCGGACGCCGUCGUGGCUGUACCAGGUGGCCAUGAACGGCACCACGACCUGGGAGCGGUGGGACAGCAUGAUGGCCGACGGCACGAUAAACCCGGGGGAGAUGACGAGCUUCAACCACUACGCCUUCGGGUCCGUGGCCGACUGGAUCCACCAGACCGUCGGAGGGCUGCAGCCUGCCGAGCCCGGGUGGAAAAAGGUCAAGGUGGCGCCCGUACCGGGAGGGGGCAUCACGAGCGCCGACGCAAAAUACGUGAGCGGGUACGGCCAAGUGCGGUGCAAAUGGUCGAUACGAGGCGGGCAGUUCAUGUUGGAGGUGUGGGUUCCUCCCAACUCUAGAGCCGAGAUAACCCUACCAAGAAGCGGACGGUCGACUGAAGUUGGCUCAGGAUACCAUGUGCUGUCUGAAGAUGGGCAUUAG